AUGGAGACCCGUGCCUCAAAGAAAAGAACAGCCACCAUUCAACCACCGUUUGUCCUUGUUCCCAAAAGGCAGAGGGUUGUUUUGGAACAAUUUCCAGAUCUCAAUUUUCCUGAUUGUCAACCUAUACAGAAACUCCAGCGUCGAAAAAACCCUAACCUCAACAAAUCACCAUUAACAUCAACCAUUUCUUUACUUCCUAAUUCCAAUUUGGAUAAGCCCGUUUGUAACAAAAGCAAUGCUAAACGUGAACACCAGCAGAUUAUUGAACCUUAUGUAUCCGAUAUCUCCGAUUAUCUUCGCACGAUCGAGGUAAAACGGAGACCGGCGGUUGACUACAUGGAUAAUGUUCAGAGAUGCAUUACUACAAACAUGAGGGGGACAUUGGUUGAUUGGUUAGUUGAGGUUGCUGAUGAAUACGAGCUUCUUCCAGAAACUCUUCAUCUAGCUGUUUCUUACAUUGACAGAUUCCUAUCUAUCCAAUCUGUCAAUAGAUCCAAGGUUCAGUUGAUUGGUGUUUCCGCUAUGCUCAUUGCAUCCAAGUAUGAAGAAAUCACUCCACCAAAAGCGGUAGAUUUCUGCCAAAUUACUGAUAACACCUAUGCACUGCAAGAGGUUUUAGAGAUGGAAGCUCUCAUACUCAAGUCCCUAAAUUAUGAAAUGGGAAGCCCUAAUGUCACCACAUUUUUAAAGAGGGUUGUUGCAAUUGUAUCUGAGAAUCGAAAGACUUCCAAUUUGCAGUUUGAAUAUUUGUGCAACUAUCUUGCUGACUUAAGCUUGCUUGACUACGAGUGUAUAAAAUUCCUGCCUUCUGUUGUGGCUGCCUCUGUUAUAUUUCUUGCCAAAUUUAUUCUCCGGCCUAGAGUACAUCCUUGGACUUUGUGCCUCUAUGAAUCAUUGGGUUACCAAUCUGAUGAUUUGGAAGAAUGUGUCACUAUUUUACAUGAUUUGUAUUUGUCAAGAAGGGUAGCAUCCUUGAAAGCUGUUCGUGACAAAUAUAAGCAGAAUAAGUUUAAAUGUGUAGCAAACUUGCCUUCCUUGCCAGAGCUGCCAUCCCGUUACUUUGAAGAAGUUCAUGGCUGA